CUCUCUUAUCAAUGACGUGUUAAUCAACAACAUUGCGAAAUUAUCGGUUCACAGGGUAUUUAAGGAAGAGACAAUACCAAACAAAAUGCACAAAUUUGCCAUCCCUGCAUGUCUGGUUUCUGUGUGUUUGUUCCUACAAACUGCAGAUGCACAGGAUUGUGCGAAUCCCAAACUACAAACUUGUGUCACAAACUUCACCACGGCCGCAACGUCAGCGGGUCAGGAUAAAACAAACAUAUGCAGUGCCGCCAAUUCCUAUUUGAAAUGCGUGAAUAGAAUUAUUGCUGACUGCAAUCUGGAUACCAAUAGUGGUUCAGUUAUAAUCCAGGCAAUUGUUGCUGCCAAAAGUCAACUCACUCAAGCUGGAUGCAGCAAUGGUGUAGGUGGAAAUACACAGGAUUGCGCAACUCCCAAAAUACAGGCUUGCGUCACAAACUUUACCAUGGCCGCAACGUCAGCGGGUCAGGAUAAAACAAACAUAUGCAGUGCCGCCAACUAUUAUUUGAAUUGCGUGAAUAAAGUUGUUAGUGACUGCAAUAUGGACCCAAGAAGUAGCUCAGUGAUUAGCCAGACAAUCACCUCUGCCAAAACUCAGUUGGCUCAAGGCGGUUGCGACCAAAUGAAGAGCUCCCCAUUACCAGAUGUGAUCGGAUAAUAUAAGGAUUCGAAUUUUAUCAAUGAAUUAUAUAUACAAUUAAAUGCAACUACUUGAUA